AUGUCUCAACCCAUGCAGUCUUUGAGGGAUGAACAAGAUGAAGACCAAAGCAUAGGACAUGAGCCACUACAGUUGCCAGUGGAUACUCAAGUUUCACCUACUCUAUUACAGUUAGGGGGCUUCUUGGAUAUAUCUGUCUUUCGCUCAAUAACCAAUGACAUUAAGAUGCACUUUACAGCUCCAUGGAAAACUUGGGCAGAAAUACCCAACAAGAUGAAGGAUGAGCUAUUUGGAAAAUUUCAAGGUCGUUACAUGUGGGAUGAAACUGAAGAGCAGAAUGUGCGUCUUGCUUGGGUUAAGCUUGGGAAGGAUAGAUUUCGUGAUAUUCUUAACAGAGCUAGGAAUGAAAUGUUGGUGAAGCACAAGAAAAGUGAUAUUGCUUAUUUGCACAAUCUAGGACCAAACUGGAUGAAAGCAGAGGUGUGGAAUGAGCUUGUUGCUUAUUGGAGUUCUCCAGAGUGGCGAAAGAAGUCACAAUCUGCUAAGAUUAAUAGAAUGACAGUAAAAGAUGGGUCAAUUACAAAACAUGCUGGUGGUUCAAUCAAAAUUGAGAUUCAUGAGGAUCGAUUGGAAGAUUAUGCAAGUGCAAUUGUGGAGAAAUAUGGUUCUAAUUCUGAAACCCCACCAAUAUUUGAUAUGGAUAAGUGGAUAGAAGUAUCUAGAGGCUUUAAUAAAGGAAGGGUGUAUGGUUUUGGGUCUUCUGUAAAAUCUCAAACAAGUGGAUCAUCUACCUCUCAAUCAUCCACAUCUGCUUAUCCUGGGUCAUCUUCUCAGCCUGCGAUGACACAAGAGAAAAUUCAACAACUUAUAGAUGAAAAAGGAUCACGAAUGAGGGCAGAGAUGAUGACUGAAAUACUUGACCAGGUGCGAAAGGAGUUAAAGACCACAGGUGGUACUCAGUUUACAACAUCUUCACAUCCAACCACUUCAGACUCCACAGAUCCAUAG